AACAGAAUUGUUGUUUCUUUUCCGGCGGAUGCGACCGAAACAGCGUUUGUAGAUAAAAAGACCCAACAAAGAUUGGACGAACCAGAGAGUGGAAGAGGCGAAGCAAAUUGUUGGCCUAUCAACGUUUAGGGGCCCCACGUGGGACAGGAGGAAGGUGGGACCCUAUCGGAGAUUACUACUCAGAAUCAGCCAAUCCGCGUCAGGAAUAUCCACGUGAGGAGAGAAACGUCCACGCCAGUGGCCAGACCUUGAAGAACACCAGCCAAUCAAAAGAAGCUGCGCAGGAUUCUCGCGCUUUGGCAGUUAGAGGACUCCGUUUUCGUCGUUCCCUUCCCCCCUCCUCCUCCCCCCCCACUUUGAAAUCGGCGGUUGAGUUCGCGGCGUUGGAUCCUGUUCGUUACCAGACUUUGAUCUCUCGGUGCGGUCGCCGUUGAAGCUACCAUGAGCUCGGACGGUGGGAAUUGGGACCCGCCAUCCCCGGCGUCUAAGCGACGGCGUUUAGAUCCAGCUUGUCAGUUGCAGAAAGAAACCGAGGCUGCUCAGGCUCUGGCUGACAUGACGACUUGGGGCAGCGGGAGCCUUGAAACCGUCAACCAGCAGGAGGCGCGCGAAACCUCCGGGGCCAAGGGAAGCCUGGAAGCGGCCGGACAGCAGGGGGCGCGCGAAACUACGCCUGGCGCCAGGAACGCCGCAGAUGGCACCGAGAUCGACGACGUUCCGAGGGGAGGACUCGAAACCGCUCCCCGGGACACAAAGGUGGGCCCCGACCUGACCUGUGCAAAGACAGAGGAGGCUGGAGAUGGCCGGGAAAGCCGGAGGAAGAGGAAGGAUGCUCGGGAGAGGCGGCGGGCUGCCGAGGCGGCGGCGGCGGCGGCAGCAGCAGCAGCAGCAGAAGAGGACGAGUGCUCGAUCAUCUCGGUCGGGGAAGAGGACGACGAGGAAGGGGACGACGAGGACGAGGAGGGAGGAAGACCCCAGCCCUCUCGCAAGACUGAGCAGUACCUGGAAGCCCUGGAGGCUGUGCAGCUGGAACUGGAGGCUGUGAACCAGCAGGCCAGCCGCACCUUUGCCCAGCUCAAGGCCAAGUUUGGCCAUAUACGACGCCCGCACCUGGAGCGGCGCAACCGCAUCAUCCAGAACAUCCCUGGCUUCUGGGUCACCGCUUUUCUCAACCAUCCCCAGCUUUCUGCUAUGAUCAAUGACCGGGAUGAGGAUACACUGAGCUAUAUGACCAAUCUUCAGGUUGAAGAUUUCACCCAUGCAAAGUCAGGCUGCAAGAUCAAGUUCUACUUCAACAGCAACCCCUACUUCCAGAAUGAGGUCAUUGUAAAGGAGUUCCAGUGUGGUUCCUCUGGAAGACUGGUUUCCCACUCCACACCCAUCCGCUGGUGGCGUGGCCAGGACCCUCUAGCUCAUGGGAGGAAGAAUUCUGAGAUGGGCCGCAGCUUUUUCAGCUGGUUCAGUGACCACAGCUUCCCUGCAGGAGACCGUAUUGCUGAGAUUAUUAAAGAGGACCUCUGGCCAAAUCCAUUGCAGUAUUAUCUAAUGGGGGAAGGUGGUGAAAAUGGUGAAGAAGACAGUGAGACAGAGAAUGGUGAUGACUUUGUGGUGAUAGUGGAUGAUGAUGGUGAUGAAGAGGAUGAGGAUGAAGAGGAAGAGGUAACAGACGUGCAUGAGAUUAUGGAUGAGGAGAGUGGACAAGGUGAAGCUGUAGAAGAGGUCUUGAGUGGUCCAGAAGACAACAUUACUGGAGCCACAACUUCUGUCUGUGAAGACCCAGAUGGGAAGGAUUCUGAUGCAGAAGAAGAUGGCUAGAUCCUUAUGAAAUGACAGCAUAUCUAGCUGGACGUUCCCACAGUGACCUCAGUGGCACUUUGAGUCUGACCAAUUGCACUUGGACGUGGCAGGAUAUGGCGGUGGCAGGAGGUCUUCAGAGCAGUCACAUAGGUUAUUUUGUACAGUUUUAUUUAUUGCUGUGACUGCGUUUCCUUCCUCACCCUCUUGGGGGCAUGUCACCACACUUCAGCACCCACCCUGAAUUGUCUGAUGCUUAGCAUCUCUGCCUGCCUGCCUGCCUGCCUGGGGGCUAUGUGCAUACAUGCCCUGUCCCCUGUUGGCUACUCAGGGUAUUGCUUGCCCAGUGGCCUUUUCAAAACAGCUCAGGGUUCCCCUUUUCCAUUCAGCAUUACUAAGCUGCUGACCUUCACACCUUCACUUCUGCCUGCAAGGACUCUACUCAUCCUGUAUAUAUUUCAGUGUUAGACUGCCUGCUGAAGAUCAAGCAAUGCAUCCUGCAGUCAAAACAUAAUCUCAGCCCUGCUUUCUCCCUGUCAAAAGAGCAGGGCCCAAGCAUUUGGGGCUCCUCUUAUCACCAGUGCUCUGGCAGUUUUAAAUGGGUUUUAAAUAGCCUCUCCCUGUUGAUUCAGAUGGUGGCCUCAUAACUGUUGGCUUAGUUGAAGCAAUAAUAGCUCCCUAGUAGCACGGUGUUCUAUUUGGGGUUGUUGGAGGGAAGAAGUCCCUGGCCAGGAUAACUGCUAAAAUGUUCUACCCUUGUGCUGUCCUCAGAACUUCAGAGCAUGCUGGGAGUGGUGAUGAGGGGUUUCUUGCAACAACAUUGCACUAAGGAUAUACAUUAUUUCAUGCUCUCAUGUAAUCUAUGUAUACACCUGGGCAAUUUACUAGCAAGGUUUCAAAGCAUCAUACUCUGUUGGACUCCUUUCCUAUAUCCUGUACCCUAUAGAGGCUAUUCUAUGCAAUGCUACUGAUAUUUGUAGAAAAGCAACUGUUUUCCUUGGCUGAGGAUUUUUGUAUAUUUCGUAUCAAGACUUUGUACCUUUUUUUUUUUUUUUACUACAGAAAAGGCACUUAAUAUACGGAGAGCUUUCCAACUUGGUGUGCAGCUCCUUUCUUUUUGAAGUCUAGAGCCAGAGCUGUUCAUAGUCUGUGCUUGGAAUAUAUUGUUUAAAUCAUGAAA